AUGGCCACGACCAUCCCCUUCCUGCUCGCCCUCCUCUCACUAUCCUCUAUCCUCUUCGGCACGACAAAAGCAACCGACCCGGAUGUGCUAUUCCCCGGCUACCCCUCCCCCUGGGCGGCGGCUAGUGGCGCCAGCAACACCACCAUCUUGGACCCGUCCUGGGCGGCCGCCUACGCGCGGGCCGUAGCCUUCGUCGCCAAUCUGACGCUGCCCGAGAAAGUCAACCUGACGACGGGCACGGGCUGGCAGUCGGACCGGUGCAUCGGCAACACGGGCGGCGUGCCGCGCCUCGGGCUCCGCGGGCUGUGCCUGAUGGAUGGGCCGCUCGGGGUCCGUCGGCGGCUGAUGCGGCUGCGCGGGGAGGCGCUCGGCGCGGAGUUCAGGGGUAAGGGGAUCGAUAUCAUGCUGGGGCCGGUGGCGGGGCCGUUGGGCAGGGCGCCCGAGGGCGGGCGGAACUGGGAGGCGUUUGGCCCCGACCCAUACCUCGCCGGCGUCGCCAUGGCGGAGACGAUCCAGGGCAUCCAGAGCCGCGGCGUGGUGGCGUGUGCCAAGCACUUCAUCCUCAACGAGCAGGAGCACUACCGCGGCAGCGUCGACGUGCGCAUCGACGACCGCACCAUGCACGAGCUGUACCUGUGGCCGUUUGCCGACGCCGUCCGCGCCGGAGUCGGCUCCGUCAUGUGCUCGUACAACAAGAUCAACGGCACGCACGCUUGCGAGAACGCGUGGACGACCAACUACCUGCUCAAGAACGAGCUGGCCUUUCAGGGGUUUGUCAUGUCCGACUGGGGAGCACAGCACACCACGCUGGGCUCGGCGCUCGCGGGGCUCGACAUGACCAUGUCGGGCGACGGCGGCCCGCCGCCGUACCGGUCGUGGUGGGGCGGAGCGCUGACCGAGGCCGUGCUCAAGGGCGACGUGCCCCAGUGGCGCCUCGACGACAUGGUGGUGCGCAUCAUGGCGGCCUACUUCAAGGUGCACACCGGCGAGUACGAAGCCCAGCCCGACAUCAACUUCUCGGCCUGGACAAACAAGACAGUCGGCCCGCUGCACCCGUCGUCGAACCAGUCCAUCACUACGGUCAACGAGUUCGUCGACGUCCAGGACGACCACGCCGCGCUGAUCCGCGAGAUCGGCGCCAAGUCGAUCGUCCUGCUCAAAAACACCGACAACUUCCUCCCGCUGCGCGACCCGCCUAGCAUCGCCGUCAUCGGCAACGACGCCCAAGACCCGCCGGGCGGGCCCAACGCCUGCCCGGAGCGCGGCUGCUUCUCCGGCACCGUCGCCAUGGGCUACGGCUCCGGCACGGCCAACUUCCCCUACCUGAUCUCGCCGGCGACCGCCAUCCUCGAGCACACGCGCCACUCGAACACCACCACAACCUUCACCAACACCACCUCGAACUGGGACCCCGCGGCGGCCGCCGAAGCCGCGCGCAACGCCUCGGUGGCCAUCGUCUUCGCAGCCGCCACGGCGGGCGAGGCGAUCCUCUCCAUCGACGGCAACGCAGGCGACCGCAACAACCUGUCGGCGUGGGACAACGCGGCGGCGCUGAUCGCGGCGGUGGCGGGGGCCAACGCGCACACGGUCGUGGUGCUGCACACGCCGGGGCCCGUGCUGCUCGACGCGGUCGCGGCGCACGAGAACGUGUCGGCCAUCCUGUGGGCCGGCUUCCCCGGCCAGGAGAGCGGGCGCGCCCUGGUCGACGUGCUGUUCGGCUGCGUGAGCCCCCAGGGCAGGAGCCCGUUCACCUGGGGUGCGAGCGAGGCCGACUACGGCGCCCAGGUCAUGUACUCCGCCCCGGAUCCCAAGAACCCCGUGCAGGUGUUUGGGGAGGGCGUGCUGGUGGAUUAUCGCUGGUUUCAGCGCCACGCGCGCGGGAUGGUGUUUCCGUUUGGGUUUGGGCUCACGUAUACGCGGUUUCGGUAUAGUGACUUGAAGAUUGUGAGGAAGGGUGGCGUGCAGGGGCCGUAUCCGGUCGCGAAGGAGGGGGUGACGGGGCCAGCGCCGAUGUAUGGUGGUGUUGUCGAGGUUGGGGAUGCGGCAUUGGAGGGCUAUAUGCCGCCGGACGGGUUCAAGCGGAUAUCGCCGUAUGUGUAUCCGUGGUUGAAUAGCAGUCAGGGAUUCGUGGCGGGCGGGCAGGGGAACAUCAGCGAGUUCCCGGCCGCGGCGCGGAACGGGUCUGCGCAGCCCUUGCUGCCGGCCUCGGGAGCACCCGGGGGCAAUCCGGGGCUGUACGAGGUGCUGUACACGGUGACGGCGUCGAUCACGAACGAGGGCGACGUCGCGGGCACCGAGAUCCCGCAGCUGUACGUGCAGCUAGGCGGCGAAGACAACCCCUGGGGCGUGCUCCGCGGCUUCGACGAGGUGGAGCUGCAGCCUGGCGAGACCAAGACGGUCACGUUCGAGCUGACGCGCAGAGAUAUCAGCAACUGGAACACGACGACGCAGAACUGGCAGAUCACUGACCGAGAGAAGGUGUUGUUUGUGGGGUCGAGCGUCCGGGACAUCCACCUUAAUGCCUCGCUUCCGGCGCCGGAGGGGAUGGCGUGGCACGUUGGCUAG